CAUAAAGAAAUCAACACUGAUUCCUACUCUGUUAGUGUACACACCCAGUUUGCACUCUCUGUUAAUGUACCUGUUACUCUACUUGUAUGUGUAUGUAUGUAUGUAAAAUGCAUUUGCUUGCUUCGUCACGAAGAAACGACAAGGGGAAACAGUUCCCCACUUUUUCCUUUGCUCAUUGUAAAGAAUCUCUCUCUCUUUUUCUCUAUUGGAUCUUGGCUUUCUGCACCUUCUUCCACCCUCUUGCUCUUGUGUUCUUAUAACUAACUUAUCUCUUUCCCUGGAGCUCAACUUUGUAGGCUCACCUUAAAAAAAACAAAAAAAACAAUUUUUUUUUUUGGGGGGAUUAAGAGUUGUUAUCCUAUUCCUGGUUUCGUCUAAAAACAUCUUUAUUGUUUUAGUUUCAGAAUUAUCUCUAGAAUUAUACUCACGCAUCAAAAUUCUCUAGAUUUUUCCAAGAUUCUCUACGAUUCUAAAAGAUUUGACUUUUAUAAGUUCUCAAGCUUGUCUUGAUCACAUGUAAAAGAGAUUCUGAAUUCUGUGCGCCUUGUCAAUCAAACCUCUAUAAUUUAUUCUUUUUCUUUUAUGUGCUUCUCUUCUGUGUUUAUGAGCAUCCCUUUAUAGUUCUUCUUCUUCAUUUCCCUCUCUUUAGGGACUUCAUUUAUGUAGGAGAGUCUUUGUAUGCUUGUGGUUUAAGGUAUGGAAUUGGAAACCCUCUAUGCCCCUUGUUUUAUGUCAAGUUCAAAUUGGUUUGUCCAAGAGAGCCAGAGCCAAGAAUGGAGUAGAGAAGAUAAUAAGAAGUUUGAAAGUGCCCUUGCCAUAUAUGAUAAGGACACCCCAGACAGAUGGCUGAAGGUUGCAGCCAUGAUCCCUGGGAAGACUGUGUGUGAUGUGAUCAAGCAAUACAGGGAAUUGGAAGAAGAUGUCACUGAAAUAGAAGCAGGGCGUGUUCCAAUUCCUGGGUAUAUUGCCUCUUCUUUCACCUUUGAGCUUGUUGACAACCACAAUUAUGAUAGAUGCAGAAGGAGGCCUUCAACUGUUAAGGGUUCUGAUCAGGAGAGGAAGAAAGGGGUACCCUGGACUGAAGAGGAACACAAACGUUUUCUGAGGGGACUCCUAAAGUAUGGUAAAGGGGACUGGAGAAAUAUCUCUCGUGAUUUUGUUGUUACAAAAACUCCCACCCAAGUAGCUAGCCAUGCCCAGAAGUACUACAUAAGGCAAAAGGAUUCUGGAGGAAAAGAUAAAAGGAGACCAAGCAUCCAUGAUAUAACCACUGUUAAUCUAUCAGAAACUGCCACCUCAGAUAAGAACAAGCCCAUGUUAUUCAAUGUGUCUCCUAUGCUUGCAUCGCAGCAGAAGCUGACUAGCAUGUCAAAAGUACAACUGGACUGGACUAGUCACUGCAAUGAUGGAUCACUCAUGAUUUUCGAACCAAAUUGUGAUGACUUGUUUAUUUCAUCUUCAUCUGAUAUCGCUUCCAAGACCCUGAAACUGCAAGGGGAGGAUCUUUAUGCCAUGCUCAAAAUUCCCGGUUUCAGGACAGCUUCUAGAGACUUCAAUAAAGAAGCUGUUUUUGGUAUUCAUGCACUGUAAUGCCAACUCUGAUGAUGUUAAAAAACAAACCAAUUCCACAGCAUAAAUCAUUGUUCUGUAGGAUUAAUAUAGCUGACCUGAAGCUAUUCUAGGUUCAUGAAUAUCCUGAAUGGAAACUGCAAUAAUGUUUCAAUCCUAAGAACUCAAUUUGGA